GUUAAAGGUCCUUCACAGAGAUGGGGAUGCAGAGGUGACCUAUAAGAGAGGGAUCUUUUUUUUUCUUUAUUAUUUUUUUUUCCUUAAUCAGUCUUUGACUGAUCGCUGAACUUAGACCACUAAUAGUAAUUCUCGCCCCAUGGCUAAAUCUUUCCUGAAUUUCUUGAACUACCGAGAUGCCUUAAAAUGAAAGGGCACGUUGAUCUCUAUCUGAGAAUAACGGCGGACAGAAGAGUGCACGUAGCCUAUAGCCUUCAGACAUCUGACACGAUGACUCACUAACCACCUGAGAGCUGUUCAACUGUCUCCGGAAGGCUGCUGAGGCAUCUCAACCCCUCAGCCUUAAGCCUCACACCGAGGGAGACCACCUGCUUUGUUUCCAGGGCUGGUCACAUUUUAAGGGUCCGUAGAGUCGCGCGCAUGAGCGUCUGCCCUCAUCAAAACGUGAAAAAACCGCUAAACUCGGAUGGUCAGAGUCCCCCCCCCCCUGGGGAUUUGUUUAGGGUUUCCCGCCCUUUUUUUUUCCCGCUCCCGGGGAACCAACCCCCCCCCCCCCCCUCUCCCCUCCCUCCCUCUUCUUUUCCCCAGCUCGUCCACACCGCUGCAUCAGCUGAUCCGUCACGUGGUCUGAUGUCGUCUCUGCAAAAUGGAGUUGUCUGAGUCUGUGCAGAAGGGGCUGCAGUCGCUGGCCGACCCCUCCGCGGUGGACGCUGGGGGCUUCCAGCCGCUGGUGGAGGCGUCCUUCCGCAGCCUGCUGUCCGCGCACGGCGACCCCGCGGUCCUGGAUGACCCCGGGCUGGCGCGCGUGGACCGGAUCCUGCUGAAGCAGAUCCACGCCGCGGCGGCCACCUUCAUCCUGGAGGCUGUCCGGCAGGGCGCUGACCGCUCGGCCAUCAGCUCCUGCUUGGAAGAGCUCUCCUUCAGUACAGAAAAAAUUGAAAUAUUCUAUGGCACAUAUCAGAAACAUAAAAAAGAACUGGAGUGCCUCUUAGCAAGCAUCGGGAGGUGUCCGGCUAAAAUUACCGACGUUUCCUGGCGUCUUCAAUACCACACCAAGAACGCGCAGCUGGACAAGGUCAACGAGCCCUUCUACCAGAUAUCCCUCAGCACGGAGGUACCCCCGCCGUGCCGUGCCGCUCCGCCUGUUGGGUGGAAGUUUCUGAGGUUUCUGAGGUUUCUGAGGGCUGAUCCGUGGUUUUGUCUGCUUCUUUGUCAGAACGGAGGCUCCUCAGAGGACGUCAACUUUGCCUGCACGACGGAGCAGCUGCAGGACCUGGUGGGGAAACUGAAAGACGCCGCAAAGAGUGUGGAGAAAGCCAGUCAGAUGUGAUGAACAUAUACCCGAGACAUCUCUCUCUCUUUUUUUGUUCUCCCUCUUUUUGAUAUCACUACUUUUGUACGUUUGAAGGACACAUGCAGGAGUUUCCUCUGACUGACGUGGUUUGACUGAAAAAUAAAACGCUUGGCUUCUUCUGGACAUUUUUUUUUCUUGGUGUCAAACACAAACGCACAAAGAGAAACUGCGGAAGAAACGUCUUUGAGUUGGAUGUGGAAUAAUAAAAAUGCACGUGGGGGUUGUUGGUGUCAAA